AAUCUGGGAUGGGGGGGUGUAUAAUCAGUGGCCUGGAGCUCCUAGCCUGACACUUGCUCUUAGGGUGGCUGCCCCCUGGGAUGUGGAAACCUGGGAGUGUGGUAGGAGCACAGGGGAUACUUUUCUUCUGCACCAGCCCUGGUGCCACUGCUGCUAGCAUCGUGGGCCCAGCUCUGCAGCCCACAGUUCAGGAUGGAUGUGGCAAAACUGGAGCCACAGGAAGGGCUGGAAAACCAGGGUCCAGGAGUUCCAGCUGUUUAGCUUUGGGAGGAGACCAUGAAUGGAGUGUCUUGGCACUGCGGCGUGUGACUCAGACCACCUGCACCGGGGGUUACUCCCCAUACCUGCCCCCAGGAUGCGCCCAGCCCUCAGGCCUGCCCCGCAGCUCUGAGCCCCAACUUGGCCAGGUACCUGCGCCCAUGGCCACUGCAGUGGCAAGCAACAUCAUUGUCCUGGAUGAUGAGGAGGAGGGGCUGCCCCCAGCUACGUCUCCAGAGCCCACCCCUGCCUCCCCCCAGCCCAGCGGGGCCUCAGACAAGAGACCAGAGCCUGUGACGCAGGAUGGUGGCAGCUUCAAGGCUGAGAACGAGCGGCUCUUUGAGGAGUUCCUGGAGUGCUGCGGCCGGCUGACGGAGGAGCACCCCGAGGUGAUGCCCUUCCUAGCCAGCCGGCACCAGAAGGCCAGUGCCGAGUUCCUGGCCUCGGCCGAGUUCCGCAACGUGCUGCGCCCCUGUGUGUGUGCAGAUCUGGACCCUGCCCGGAGGGAUACUGCACUGGCCCGGCGGUUGCGGGAAAACCGAGAGGUGGCGCUGACACGGUUGGACAGCGUCAUUUCACGCUACGCCCAGCUGCAGGACGAGAGCGAGGAGGAGGAGCGUGUGCGCAAGAGAGCGGCCCGGAGCAGCGCUACCCCCCAGCAGCAGGAGGGACUGCUGCCCCCACCCUGCCCCAUGGCAUCUGACCCAGGGGAGGGGCAACCCUGCAUGCAGGGCAGUACCAGCACACCAAGCCAGCAGGCUCCUGAGAACGACGACUCAGGGCACCUGGGUUCUCUCCCAGCUUCGUUCUAUGCUGUGACCGCUCCCCUAGACACGGAAGCAGCAGACGAGGACCUGGCCCGAGACCAGGACGACCAGUGCAUGGAGUUGGGCGUGGAGCCACUGCCCUGCUCAUCAGGCGGGGAGGAUGAAGAUGAUGACGAGGAGGAGGAGGAGGAAGAAGAGGAGGAGGAGGAGGAGGAGUCCCUGCCCCAUGCAGAGGGCGAUGGGCCUCUGCCCCACAAACAGCAGGAGGGGGAAAGGGCACUGGCCAGCCCAGAACAGGAGCUGUUUGUGCUGGAGAUUGAGACACUGCCUCUGGAACUCAGCGAGACGCCUCCGCCCUCCCCCCACAUCCCUGGGGGCUCUGAGGCCACCCCGAAGGCUGUCCCUUUGUCCCCAGAGCCCUCUGAGGCCACCCCACUGGGUCCCCCCUCUCCCGAGACGGGGUCUUCCCGGACUGAGCAGGUUUCCCAGGCGGAGCCUGCGAGCCUGGGGGUGAAACAAGAGCGAGGCAGCACGGGGGACGUGGGGCUUCGGACUCGGCCCUCGGCCAAGAGAAGGCGGCCAUCUGCCCCUGCAAGCCCCCUGGCCCAGCCCUUGGAGAACGGGGGCAGCGUCAUCAGCUCCACCAGCUUCAACGGCAGCAUUGGGGCAGGGGAGGUGGGGAGCUGCCCUGCAGUGACAGUGGAUGUGUGGAGGUUCACAGCGUGGGCUCUGAGGAGGAGGACUUAGAGCUGCUGCUCACAGGCCGGCCACCUGGCAGCUCCCUGCCUGACUCCACCCGGGCCGACUCACCCUUCCAGAGCCUGGUCAGCAGUUCCCAGGGCAGUCCGCAGCAGUGUCAGCGCUACCUGCCCAAGGCCUGCAAGGCCAGCGUAGCAACCCAGUGUGACCCGGAGGAGAUCAUCAUCCUGUCAGAUUCGGACUAGACCCUGCCUCUGCUGGGGGGGCUGCAGACUUGGGGAAAGGAGGGGUGCGGAGGGGCUGGGGGGCCCCCACCCGGAGAGCAUUUGUACAAAGGAAAUGUGAAAACCCAGCAAGGAAUAAAAUCUUGUUUUU